AUGUCGGCUGCUGCAAGAUACAUCGGCAUCUCUGCGGGCGCUUCGUCGUCGCGCACCGCCGCUGCCAGUGCGAUGCGUCCGCGCGCCCUUGUUGGCCCAACCCGCACACUCUCUUCAUCCUCUCGCUCCGAUCAUGUCGCUGGCGCCAGCAGCUCCGGCCCGUUCCGCGCCACCGUACCCGCUGCACUUUCUGCAUCCUCUUCUGCAUCGUCGUCCGCAUCGCCAUCUCCGUCCAGCAGCUCGGCAGACAAUCUCAGCUGGGACAACUACCUGCAGCUGCGAAGGUCGCGUCGGCUCGCCGGCAUGGUCACCACCAUCCCCACCACGCUGCUAGCCGGUGCGGCUGCCGGAUCGUACUUUCUCACGCUAGAAAUUGACCCCAGCAAUACCAUCGCCGGUCUCGAUCCCAUCUACAUCAACGCCGGCCUUACGCUCGCAUGCACCGGUCUCGGCUGGCUCACCGGCCCCACCGUGGGCACGGCCAUCUGGGGCCUUCUGCAUCGCAAGAACGCAAAGCAGAUCGCACACAAGGACCACGACUUCUACGAGCACAUCAAGCGCAACCGCGUCGACCCCACGCGUCAGUCGGUGCAGAAUCCCGUGCCAGACUACUAUGGCGAAAAGAUCGGAAGCAUCAAGCAGUACCGACAGUGGCUUCGUGACCAGGCCGCCUUCCGACGCAAAGCUGCCCACGGCCUCGAGCAGGAUGCAUGA